AUGAAGACUGUGAUCUUUGCUUUACUUGUUGCUACGUCCCUAGCAACGCCUGUACCGGUCGAUCAGAAUGCUUUGAACCGCAUCGUGAACGGCAAGGCGGUGGAAAUAACGGAGGUGCCGUACCAGGCCUCGCUGAGGCGGAAGGUCAGCUCGGGCUGGGCGCACUCCUGCGGCGCCAUCGUCAUAACAGUUAGGAGCCUGCUGACUGCAGCACAUUGUGUUAACUCGUACACGUUCCAAUCCGACCUACUAAGAGUCGUCGUUGGAACAGUAUCCAGGACGUCUGGAGGCAGUUCUUAUGACGUAGCAGGUCUUUACCUCCACGAGGACUACUCCCCCAUGACGCUGGAGCAUGACAUCGCCAUCAUCGUGACAGCCAAGAAGAUGUCAUUCGGCAGAAGCGUUCAGCCGAUUCCGCUACUGGAAUAUGGACAAGAGCUCGCAGAAGGCACCGAAGCUUUGGUUUCGGGAUAUGGGGUUACUUCGUACGAAGGCACUGUAGCACAGUCCCUGCAGGCGGCUGUAGUGAAGAUAGUGUCACAGCAGUCCUGCGCCCGCGCAUAUAUGAGGAUAGGCGCCAUCACUUCCGGGAUGCUCUGCGCCUCCGCUGAUGCUCCGCCCCGGGACGCCUGCCAGGGGGACUCCGGUGGACCCCUGGUGGCCCACAGUAAACUGGUCGGCAUCGUCUCCUGGGGGGAGGGAUGCGCGAACGUGAGUUACCCUGGAGUAUACACGCGAGUCUCGGCAUACACACCUUGGAUACGUAAUAAGCUUUCCAAAAUAAACUGGUAG